UUCCCGAAAUGCCAUUUUUCCAUGGUAGGUGUUUCGAAAGAAGAUAUGAAAUGUGUUGACGAAUGCUAUUGUUGACGAUUUCAAGGACGUUUGAAAAGCAACACGAUGUUGUGAAGAUGUAAAUAUGGACACUUAGAGUAUCAUGAUUGAGACUAGAGUUCAAAGAGUGAGUAAAAUGUCGGGAAAACGGAACAAAUCGGGUCAAAAGUCGCCUGGGCAUGUUGUCGCCAGCGCGGAAAAUUUGGCCGAAAAGGAACGAGCGGAUCGCAUUGCGGCCGCAGAGGCAAUGUCUUGUUUGUCCUCAGUUAUUCUUCUAUCUUCCGAUUUGGAGAAAGAUGCAGAUGUCGCCUCGCCACCUAAGGAAACUACCAGAGGUCAGAAGCGGACUCGAAAUUCUCAAAAAUCCCCUCAUGGGACUAAAGCUGGGACAGAAUCUAAACGGGGAAAGUCCCGUAGCGGGAGAGGCCGAGGGGCACGCUCCACCAAUCACCAACGUGGAGCUAGCACAGUUAGACUUGAGGGGAAUCCCCGGGAUGCUAACAACAUGGUCGAAGGAGUAAUGAAUGAAGCACGUGGAGUUUCUCGUCUCGGAGGACAGGCUAAUGAGGCAGGGAUCAAUAACAGUGAUAGGUCACAGGAACGGGUAGCGCCCAUCCCUCAAGGUUCUCGUGUGGGUACUGCGCCCCCUCGGACACGUCAAGGGGGCGUGGCUACUCCAACUAACAUACAACCAGUAUCUAACAUACCAAAUGCACUACAACUCGCCAUUCUAUCCAAGUUGACAGCUUCGGCCAGAGACCAUCGGCAGGCAUCUAAUGAACAAUUGGUGCUAAAACUACCGCUUGUGAUUAACAAUGAAACUACAGAGGUGAAGUCAUUAAGCAGUCCAACUGCCCAGGUCAGUCCAGCAUCAGCAGCCAGUACAGAUAGUGUGGAGUUCACACAGUCAACCGUAGAUAGACUUCUACAACCUCCAAAUAGUAAUAAAUUUGAUUCUUUAGAUUCAGCUCUUCCUUUAAAGAAGCGAAAGUUACUAAGCUAUAUGAAUAGUGGCAGCCAGGAGGACAGUGUUUCUAUGGUAACAAGUCAAGCAUCCAAGCAUGAAAAGGGCGGCGAUGUUGUUGACCUAACGAUGGUUAAAGUUGAACCCGAGUAUGACCAACAUCAACAAGUUCUAGCACUGCCCUCUUCUGCCUCUUCUGUCAUAGUCCCUGUCAAUGCGACCCCAGUGACCUCAGCGACCUUGAACCCUGUGAGUGUUGACCCCCGCACUAGCCUCAUGCUCCUAACAGAAAUGCAGAUGGCCCUUCAGCAGGAUGAGGAUGGUGACUUACCUUUACAUAUCGCUGUGGCUCAGGAGAAUAUUGUCAUGGUCCAGAAAUUUGUCCACCUGAUGUCCAUCUCUGGGAAGAGUGUGGACAAAUAUAAUAAAGCUCAACAGACACCACUUCACCUGGCUGUUGAGCUGGAUUUCGUUGAUGCAGUGAAGACGCUGCUGCUAGCCAGAGCGAAUCCUAACCUGGUCAACAAGCGUGGGGAGAAUGCAGUCCACCUGGCGGUCAAAGUACAGUCCUCAGCUUGUCUGGAGUUCAUGAUGCAACACUCGCAGAAUAAAACUGAUCUUAACACCAGGAACUUUGAGGGGUUAGCUCCCCUUCACACAGCAGUUGAGAGAAACGAUGAGAGGAUUGUUGAUAUGCUACUAAGAGCAGGAGCAGACAUCAAUAUUCUGGAUGGUAAAAGUGGGAAAACACCCCUGUUUUAUGCAGUAGAGCACAACUUCCUGUCAAUGAUUGAGUUUCUUCAGUUGCGUUGUGCCAAUGUUGAUCUUACUAACUAUGCCGGAAUAACAGUUGUCAUGGCAGCCCAGGCUCGUGGCUAUCAAGAUGCUGCUACAUUACUUCUGAAGGGGAUGGACUCCCAGGCCUACCAUGAAAUCAAGGAGAGUACUCCGACCAAAAAGAUUCCAAUUCCCAGAAUUCCAAGCAAAUCUCACCUUAUAGUUAACACUGAGAAUGUAAACAGCACAUGUACAAAGAAUUUCAAAUUCACCAUUCAUAAUACAGACUCCAAUUCCAGCGAGUCUUCUGUUAGACCGUACCAGGGCGUAAUCGCUCAAUGUUUAGGAGAGGAACCAAUGAGUGUUUCCGACUCCACAGACAUUAAACAAGAAAUGAACAGUGACAAUCGACUCUCUGCAUACCAAUUUAUCAAUUUGGUCCCAAAAAAUUUGCUCAAUGGACGUGAUCAGCUGGACAACACGAUUCCACAAACACAAAGUAGAGCCGAGGUGAAUAUACCUGAAAUUCCACGUCAAUUGUCUCCAGCCUUCAUGUCUUCAAGUGGUUCUAGACAAGGUUUUGAAUCAAAGAGGACCAACACUCCACCACUUCGCAAAACACCCUUCGAUGUUAAGCAUAACCCAUCCUCAGAAAUUAUUUGUUCUUCCCAAUCGCCGAAAAGUCAUGAUCAAACCCCACGGGACCAAACAGUGUCCCGUACAAGUGUAGCACAACUGCAUCAGAGCCAAGCUCCAUCCACUACAAAUCAAGUCCAAUCCAUGCAAAGCCAACUAGCAUCGUCUCUUCUGAGCUCCAGCAGGCACCAAUCCCUGUAUCAUAGUUUUCCUCAUUACAAGUCAUCCGCAGACCCAGAUAAUUCCCAACCUGGAGGUAGUAAGCACCACCAUGUAGAAUCGCCACCCCUUAGAGAAAGACAUUCUCAUCACAAAGAAAGUUCCCUAAAUUCAAGGGACAGCUCUACCAUAGCUAGAGAUGGGUCCCCGCAUCUGAGGGAGAAUUCUAUCAAUCGAAGUGAAAGUUCUACUCAUGCUAUCAACAGUAACAUUCAAUCAAGAGAGAAUUCCCAAAAUCCAAUUAACAGUACCAAUAACAUGGUAAACAGUUUAUCUAAUCAGGUGAAAAGAAGUUUGCUGAAACCACCCAUAAACACUUCCUCUAACCUUUUAAAUAGUUCUUUUUCUCCCAGUGGUACGUUUCACAAUAGAGACAAAUCCACUCAUCCUAAAAGCAGUUCUCCACACCAGAGGGACAGUUCUCCUUAUCGCAGCCACUCACAGAAGAGAAUAGUUAAAGUGAACUCAAGUGGAAAAAUGCAUGUAGAGAAAGCUGGGUCGGCAUCAAAAGGUCAAAGUUCAGGGUCAUCUAAGGGGUCAGUGCCAGCCUCCCAGAUGUAUCACCUAACCAAUAUCUCUCGGUCAACUAAAGACAUUCUAGCUGCAAAACUCCAGGGAAUUUAUACUUCGAAAGCAGGUCAGGCAAAUAGGCCACUUAACCUAAGCACGGGUACAGUACCAGACAGUGUGAAUGUUAAGGAGGAAACAUAGUAAUAGUGGAAAAUAAAAGUACAACUCGUCAUAGAAACUGAUAUUCUUUCACCACUCUGUUAUUAGGGCAAACCAUGCACUGUACGCCAUUAAAGGCUCUUUGGUCAUUUUCAUCAUUUUCUGAUAAAAAGAAAUUAAAACAUGGCUACUUUCGUUUUCCAUAUAGUUUAAGUUAGAAAGAAAUUAAAAAAAAAAAAUUCUACUUUCAUUUUCCAUGUAGUUUGAGUUAGCUAAAGAUUUAAUUAAAGACUUAAUAAAAUAUUUAUCAGGAACCUAUCUUUACCUCUAUUGUUUUUGAUAAAUGAGGUCAUGUAGGUUUUAUCUCCAUAAAAACCAUAUGUAAUAGGCUGAACAAUGUGUGCACACUUUUAGUUGUGAUAACCAAUCUGAACAGUGUACAGGUCUGUAUGUACAAAAGAAACAAUACUGUACAGAAUUGCCGUUAUUUAUAUGUAUGACUGUGAACAUUUAAGAAUUUUAUCUCUUCAAAUCCAUUAAGAAAUGUAUGCAGUUCAUAUAGUCAUUUUCGCGAUGUGUAGCUAGCAAGCUAAUGUACGUGUGCUCAUGUAUAUAUGUGUUACACAUGUAACCAGUACUGGUGUGUAUUGUGUACAAAUUGACCUGUGCUGUGUACAUACGAAUGAGUUUAAGGCCAUUGUCUAUAUUAUUCUGUACAUGUGCAACUUUGUAUGUUUGAAUGUAUAUAUAUGUCACUGUGCCUAGCCAAAUACACGUGUAUUUUUUAAGAGAGGAACUCUGCAUAGGGUUUCGACACAAAUUCACAACCUGUGGUCCAUAUGUUGUGUAGUUGGCAAUAUUUGUGGGGAUUUAAUUUUGCCAUAUUCACAGCCAUUGGAUACGGCAAAAAAUGAAUAGUCAGAGAAUAUUUAAGCAUUGAAUGGCUUUCAGUUGGCAUUCAAAGUCAAUAUGAAUGCCAACUGGACAGAGGCAAAUUCCAUGAAGCGCGCUAGCAGUAUGUAGUACAUCGUAUUUCUAGUCCCUGUGGAGCUGUGUGAGAUACAUUCUCAUUAUGUGUGUAUUUUGUCUACAUAUGUGAAUAUAUAAUGUUGUCUACAUAUGAAUGAUUUACCCACAUUUUAUGUUGGGGCAUCAUUUGUACAUGUACUGUUAACGUUUGUGUAUGUGUCGUGUGUAUGAGUAAUAUAUGUUCAUAUGCAUUUAUGUAAGUACAUAAUAUUGUUUGGGUACAUGUGAGCACUCAUACAUGUGCAAUUUUUUGUACAUUUGUGGGGAUGAAGUGUGUUCUGUUUCUGAACGUGUGCGAGUGAACAUACCCUCUAUAUACAGUGGAGUCUAAGUGACAUGCUUUUUGACUUCACAUUUUCCUAUAAAUAUCCACCGUCAUUUUAUCUUUCCCAUGUGUAUGAUGUGGUCUAAACGUGUAUAUAUUAUGAUAUGUUGAAACAUGAGCAUAUAUGUGUAUGUACAUAAGAAACUGGUGAUAGAUAUAUACUUUUGUUGGACUUUAAUGUAUGUUAUAGUGCUUGGUGCAUAUAUUGAUACCAGAGGUAUUACUGUUUUGGUUGUGCGCAUGAAUGUAUUGCACCUUUUGUGAUUUGGGCAUUUAUAAAUUAAAUCCAUAUUGAUCGUGACCGUGAACUAAGGGAGACAAUUCAUUAAUGUAUUGUGUCCACUGUUCAAUUAUUUCCAUAUCCAUAAGCAGUAGGAAUAAAUAUGGCUGAUUAAAAUGUCAUACUCACGGUAUCCAGUUGACCUGUGAGUGUAUAUUUUUGACUCCCAAAAAUGAGAUUUCACUCUUGGGUUUGAAGGAACAUGUCUAUUUGACAUAUGUGUUGACCCUUCAUGUUUCUCAGAAGUAUUGAUCUAACUUCUGAAAUUGCUAAAUCUCAAGUGUCAAUUGGAUUCCCUGAUGUGUGACAGGUACAUAUAUAUAAGAGUAAUGAAUACACUAGCUGCCCAUGCUGGGACUAGCAGCCUCUUGUUAUCUAGACAGACAUCCUACCAAUAAGCUCGAGGGAAAUUCCGCUAUCCUUUUACGCAUAUAGUUAGGAAUUAAGAAAGAAAAUUAAUUUUUGAUGAGUGAGAUAUUGAAAUAGAAUGAUAGAAAAUGUAUCUCAGAAAACAAGAAAAUGUAUCUCAGAAAACAAGAAAAUGUAUGUAUCUCAGAAAACAAAAAUAGAACUAAAGCUUGAACAAUCUCUUUAAAUGUGUAAAUAACAUUUUAUCAAAUGGGUUGUGGGUAUUCUCCUGGUACUCCGGUAUCCUCCCACAUUAGACUCCAUUUGUACUUCCAUUUACGCUUACAAGAAUUGUUGGCAUAGUAUAAACUAAAUCAACAGAUUUCACAUUUUUUGUAAAAUUUCAAAAUGUGUUUUGUUUUUCUCUCUCUCUUUUUUUUUCUUUGAUAAAAAUUAAUUAUUUGAUUAAUUGGUAAAAAAAAGCCAAUAUAACUCAUUAAUGGUAUUAUUUAACUGGUGUUUGCUUGUUAAACUGUAUUAUUGAUAUUAAUUUAAGUGGGAAAUUAAUUGAUUUCUAUUGAAAUGAAUUUGUUUUAAUUGAAAUUAUUUGGUGUUUGUAUUUACCUAUUUGACUCGCGGUGGUUAAAUGGAACACAAGAGUAUUCAUUGUCAUUAUCACACAAUAUUGAAAGGGAAACUUCGCUCCGAAUGUCUUCUUGUAGAAAUGGGGCCAUGUAUUAUCAUCUCAUUAAAUAUUAUCGCAUUUACAUCAUUGUUGUUAAACCAUUAGCGGAAUACCAUUGUCUUUACGACCGUUGUUUUAUUCAUUAAAUAAAAUAAUCUUUAUUACAGAA